AUGACCAAGUCAUAUCGAGAUAAUGGGUUGAUUAUGAGCGAGACCCAAAGUUCCAGAGGUUGGGUGGAUGAAUGUUUGAGCUCUCAAGAUGAGCAUGACCUGGAGAAGAAGGAAGAAGAGUUAGAGGGAAUGCUUAAGGACGAAGAUGAAGACUCUCUAAAGCACCACGAUGGAGAGGAGGUAGACGAGGAGGAAGGCGAGGAAGAUGACAAUGAUGACGAUGAUGAUGACGACGAUGACGAAGAGGAUGACGACCAGAAACCUAAAAGACGUGGACCCAAAAAGAAGAAAAUGACGAAAGCCAGAGUAGAGCGCUUUAAAGUGAGGCGCAUGAAAGCCAACGCACGGGAGAGAAACCGCAUGCAUGGUCUGAACGCUGCCCUGGACAAUCUGCGCAAGGUUGUCCCCUGUUACUCCAAGACGCAAAAGUUGUCCAAGAUCGAGACUUUGCGCCUGGCUAAAAAUUACAUCUGGGCGCUUUCUGAGAUUCUCAGGUCUGGGAAGAGUCCAGAGCUUGUGUCAUUUGUGCAGACUCUUUGCAAAGGCUUGUCCCAGCCUACCACUAAUCUAGUAGCUGGUUGCCUUCAGUUAAACACUAGAACUUUUCUUCCAGAACAGAGCCAGGACAUGCCACCACAUAUGCAAUCUGCCAGUGCUUCCUUUCCUCUGCACCCUUAUCCAUAUCAGUCUCCUGGUCUUCCCAGUCCUCCUUAUGGUACCAUGGACAGCUCUCACAUCUUUCAAGUCAAACCUCAUUCUUAUGGUGUUUCUCUGGAGCCUUUCUUUGAAAGCACAGUCACUGAGUGCACCAGUCCCUCAUUUGAUGGCCCCCUCAGCCCUCCCCUGAGUGUCAAUGGAAACUUUUCUUUCAAACAUGAGCCUUCUGCGGAGUUUGAGAAGAAUUAUGCCUUCACCAUGCACUAUCCUUCUACCAUAGCUCAAAGCCAUGGGGCUCUGUUCUCCAGCUCUGGACCACGUUGUGAAAUCCCUAUAGACAGCAUCAUGUCCUAUGAUGGCCAAACACACCAUGAAAGAGUGAUGAGUGCCCAGCUGAAUGCCAUCUUUCAUGACUAA